CAGCGGCGCCUGCGCAGAAAGCCGCGGCCUGCCCCUCGCUGCAGCUGCGUUAUCUGCUGCGCCGUGUCGCUUUAAGCCGCGGGCCGCAGUGGGCCUGCCACCCUGAGCAAGGAUGAGCCUGUUUGGAGCAACGUCAGGUUUUGGUACUGGAGGCACCGGCAUGUUUGGCAGUACAACUGCAGAUAACCAUAAUCCAAUGAAGGAUAUUGAAGUAACAUCACCACCUGAUGACAGCAUAUCUUGUUUAGCAUUUAGUCCACCAACAUUGCCGGGUAAUUUCCUCAUUGCAGGAUCAUGGGCAAAUGAUGUUCGCUGCUGGGAAGUUCAAGAUAAUGGACAGACAAUUCCAAAGGCUCAGCAGAUGCACACAGGGCCUGUAUUGGAUGGCUGCUGGAGUGAUGAUGGGAGUAAAGUAUUUACUGCUUCCUGUGAUAAAACUGCCAAAAUGUGGGAUCUCAACAGUAAUCAAGCUAUCCAGAUUGCACAGCAUGAUGCGCCUGUGAAGACUAUCCAUUGGAUUAAAGCACCAAAUUAUAGCUGUGUGAUGACAGGAAGCUGGGAUAAAACUUUAAAGUUCUGGGAUACCCGUUCACCAACACCCAUGAUGACACUGCAGCUUCCUGAAAGAUGUUAUUGUGCAGAUGUGGUUCAUCCUAUGGCUGCUGUGGCCACUGCAGAAAGGGGCUUGAUAGUUUAUCAGUUAGAGAACCAACCUUCUGAAUUUAGAAGAAUAGAAUCUCCUCUUAAACACCAGCAUCGCUGUGUUGCUAUUUUUAAAGACAAAGUGAACAAACCUACUGGAUUUGCCCUUGGAAGUAUUGAAGGAAGAGUAGCUAUUCAUUAUAUCAACCCCCCAAAUCCUGCAAAAGACAAUUUCACUUUUAAAUGUCAUCGCUCCAAUGGAACAAACACAUCAGCACCUCAGGAUAUUUAUGCUGUAAAUGGGAUAGCAUUUCACCCUGUCCAUGGCACUCUUGCAACAGUAGGAUCUGAUGGUAGAUUCAGCUUUUGGGAUAAAGAUGCACGAACAAAGCUAAAAACUUCAGAACAACUUGACCAGCCAAUAUCUGCUUGUUGUUUCAACCAUAAUGGCAAUAUAUUUGCAUAUGCUUCCAGUUAUGAUUGGUCAAAGGGUCAUGAAUUUUAUAAUCCACAAAAGAAAAACUACAUUUUUCUGCGAAAUGCAGCAGAAGAGUUAAAGCCAAGGAAUAAGAAGUAGUUGCGAUUGUUACGCACUAACCGUUGCUUGUUAGCACAUUCUUCCAGACUCCCCAGUCAAAUGGCACCAAGCAGUUGCAGGCUGUAGAUGAAGUGAAGAUCAUUGAUGGCAAAAAUUAAAAUACUAGUCAUUUCCUGCAUGCAGAAUUCCCACUGGUGUAAACAGGGAAGGAUGGGAUGUAGCAUCUGCUUCUUGUUUAAAAAAAAUCCUGUUUUUUCUUUUGUUUAAGUUCUUUAGAGUGUGAACGAGUGAUUAGAAAAUAGACUUGCUCUAGUUCAGCAAGUACAUGUCUGCUAGAUCCAAUGGAGUUGCUCCUGCUGAAGUGGAUAUUAAGUUUGGCCAAGGUUUAUUUUCAUGAUGAAGCCAGCCCUGGCAAGUCUCUUGCUUGGCAAUACACUUCUGUAUUAAUGAGCUGAGUACUUACUCUACUGUUGGAAUCAAUCUUUCUAUCGGCCAUGUUUUAGAAUUAGACUAAUUUCAGAAGGAGUGUAUUUUCCAUUACAUUGCUGUGCACAUGUAUUGUGUCUGGCUGAGGUAGAGCUGAUGUUUCCAACUGCAUCCCUCAGUGCUAUGCUUUGUAUUGGUAAGAGGCAGGGUGUUGAUAACGCAGCAGUGGUUUGGCCACUGCUGAGCACUGCUCCAGCGUUCCCCGUCAUGAGCAAGCUAGGGGUGGACAGAGCCAGGACAGCUGACCCCAACCAACCAAAGGGGUAUUCUAUACCAUAGGACAUCUGCUCAGCAAUAAAAGCUAAGAGGAAGGAGGAGGAAGGGGGAGCAUUCAUUAUUUACGAUGUUUGUCUUCCAGAGCAACUGCUAUGUGUGCUGGAGCCCUGCUUCCCAGGAAGUGGCCACACAUUGCCUGCUGAUGGGAAGUAAAGAAUAAAACCUUUUGUUUUCUUUUGCUUCCACAUGUGACUUUUGCUUUUGCUUUAUUAAACUGCCUUUGACUUUAGCCACAAUUCUGUUUCCAUCUUACUUUCUCCCCUCCUUGUCCUGCUGAGGAGGGGGGUGGUAGAAUGGAUUGGUGGGCACCUGGCAUCCAACUGCAGCACAUAAGAUCUAUUCAGUUGGGAGGACAGAGUCAAACUUUGCUUUGUUUUCUUACCCAAAUUAAGAGAGUGCAUUGGUAACUUUUCUUUCCUAUACUUACUGCAAGAUUCUUGUGUAUAAGUACAUGCAGCUGUAUCCUUUCAAACAAUGUGAGAGCUUAUUCACACAAAAGUGUUAGUGCAUGAUCUGGAAAUGUAUUAAUUUGCUUUCUUAUGGCACUAACCUGUCCAAAAAAUUAAAAGAAUGGAGAAUGUAAGAUUCUAAUGUGUACCCAGAGCUAACCGUAGGAAUGCUGGAGUUAUAGAACAACUUCAUUAGUUUUUGGAAAGUGCUGUCGAUGUUUGUGGUUUUCUUGCAGAAAAAUAAUCUUUGGCAUAAAGAACUCAGCUAAGCCCCCAUAUGGGGACAGUUCAUAGAGAUUUUCAGCUCUCUUAACCUUUCUCCUGCUGGUCUCACCUGUCCAUAGUCUUGCAUAGCAGUUUAAUAAAGUG